AUGUCUGAACGCACUGUUUCCCCGCAUGUCUUCUCUGGUGAAACCACGCGACCUCUCCGUAUCGCUGUGUCUUCGUCCUCUCUGUCUUCCCACGUGUCUCCUCUCAACUCGCCUACGUCUCCACUGUCUUCUCUUUGCUUCGCUGCUUCCUCUGCCUGCCCUGGCCACUUUUCGUAUUCUGUGCGAGCUGUCGUUCGCCGCCGUCCGGCUUCUUUCUCUUCUCCCCGCCCUCGGCGGACAGGCGAGACGCCGCAAUCUCCGCUGCUGGCUGUGCCAGGCGGAGACUCAUUGGAUGAGGCGAGCCCCGAGUGGGAGACUGCUGAUGCUCUCUUUGAACGAAAUGCUGAUUUCCCGGGACUCCCCGAUGUGACGUCACUCGAUGAAGGCCCCGCCUUCGACGACCUCGCGCCCUCGCCCCACCCCGCUUCAGGUGUACAUACCCCCGAGGACCCGCCCGUCGAGCCGAGCGACACCGCUCGACGGCGUGUACGCCGUCCGGCUCGGACUUUGUCUGUACAGAAUGGCGACGCGUCGAGACAAAGACCUUCCUUCCCCUCGCCUGUCUCCCCUCGCAGCCGAGAGCUCCAAGGCCGGCUGUCUUCGUCAGCACGCGCGAGAGACUGGACGAGAAGAGAAGAGGAAACGAGACGGCGGGGCGUGGGGAACAGCACGUCCGACUCGGUAGGGCCGGCGCGCGCACGCGAAAGAGCAGACACGAAUUCGGCGAUUCCUUUGUCAGGGCGCCGCCGCGCCAGACCGCUCGAUGGUGCAGAUGCCGGAGCCUCGCUUUUGGGUGUACAUACACCCGAGGACGCCGGCCAUGUGUCUGGAAGUCCGGCCUCCUCCAACGACCUUGAAGGCGGCGAUCCGUUCUCUUUCUUCGGAGACGCAGGCCGCCUCGAAGACUCCUCACUGUACCCGCCUGGCCAAGUCGACGCAUUUUCGUCUCCCUCGAGAGCUGGAAGUCCCAACCCUGCCGGCCGAGGCGGCUACUGGCGGGGGCGGGAAGAAGAAGAAUACACGCCUGCGGCCUUCCCCCAGCAUCUGCCUGGACGGCGACGAGGCUUUGGUGCUCGAGGGGCUGUCCCGGAUCGUCGGCGGCUAGGAGGCGGCACAUCUUUGGGAGAUCGCUUUGACAGCGCGGCGGAGUCCCAGGAGGACGCAAACUGGCUAGACAGCCGCGCACUCCCACGGCCGCCCUACCUGACUUCCGACGUUUGGCGCUCUCCCAGAAGCCGGCAAGGCCGUGCGCGCGAUCCGCGAAACGCUGGGGGAGCUCCGAGGCCGCGACACAGCCAGCAGGCGCGCGACGGCGCGAAAGCCGGCGCAGGGCCGAGUCGCCUCCACGAGGUGUCUGUACACCUGGACGGCGACGCCGUGCUCGGAACGGAAGACCUCGAAGACGAGGGUGGAUUCGUCACUGCGGCUGUGGAGGCAGAUGAAGAAGACUGGCCUUCGCGACGCAGCGCUCGGGCCUCCGAGAGUUGGGGCGCUCGCGCGCGUGGGCGCUUCGAGGGUUUCCCGGGGCUGCGUCGAGACCGCAGACGUGACGGGAAUCUCUUUUUCCCUGACGCGCCUCCCCGCGGCCUGGUGCCUGCGGCCUUUGCGAGUCGCGAUCCGCUCGGCCUCUUUGAGGCUCCCGAGGGCCUCGGCGGGAAAGGCGACCGACGCCCGGCGUCGCCUCGCAACCCACGCUUUGCGUUUCAGGCUCCAGAGCGGAACUCCCGGGGACGCGGUGGUGGAUCUUUCCGCCGCCCUCUGGGCCUCUUGGAGCGCAGCUGGUCGCAGCUCGGCAAGCGCUGGGUGUCGAGUCCCUUCGCCGCAGCCUUGGAGGGCGAGCGGUCCCUCGAGGCCGAGAACGGGGUGCUUCAAGGCCGAGACAUCGACCUCGACGAGAGACGCUUCUCCGUUUUCCCUGUCCGCAUUCCCCCUCUGGUUCGCUCCAUGGAUGUCGGUCUGCUGAUCUAUCAGCGGCGCGACGAGGGUGGCGAGGAUGACAGAGAAGGUGCGAAAAACUCAGACAAAGACGGAGGAGAAGGAAAGGAAGGACAGAGGAGAAAAGACCUCGGAGGACGCGCUUCUCUGGGACGUCAACUGAGGCAAGACAUGGACGCUCAACUCGACCUCGCGCUGGACGACGAGGUUCUCGGCGAUUUGAUCGACGACUCCAUGCGGCGGCGGCUGCUCCUCCUUCCUCAGGCCGCGACCGGUGCGAGAGCUGAGGCAAUGGAGCCUACCCCAGACGACGCGAAAGCCGAGAGAGACGCGCAGAGAGGCGCGCACAAAGAAGACUCAGAGGACGAGCUCUCCGCCGACACGGAAGCGAGAGAAACCGCCAGCGGUACGCACCCUGGGGAAGAGAUGGCGAAGCUUCUGGAGGAGACACAAGUUCCGGGCUCGACAGAGACAGACAGGAGCGGAGUGAAGACGGACUCCCACCGGUUCUCCUUCCAGGCAAUCUACAAACAGGCUGUCGAGCUGUACAAGAACGACCCCAGACUCCCACAGGUGCAUGCACAGGCGGAACAAAUCCAGCGGGCUCUCGCCUCGAGAAUCAAAAGGAAAAUCUCGCUCGACGCAGCCCUUCGCCGACACGGGCUACCCCUCAAUCCGUUCUCGUGGAUGGCGCGCGCGUUCGUCUACUUUAAUCGCUUCCAGCUUCGAAACGUUCUCUUCACGCUGUGGAAAGACCACGUUCUUCAUCACUGGUAUCGCCAUCCGAGGCGCCUGGCCGGCGCAGGCAGACUCCCGCAAGCAGCCUUUUCCCCCCUCUUCCAAGAGGCAGCCGAAGAGCGACGAAUGAGAAGAGAGGCUCGAGGCGGCUCGCCUCCCGCCGCACCUUUUGAAGACACAGAGACGCCUGCGAGGCGAGGAGCCGAGGCAGACCAGAGCCAACCCCGUCAGGGCCCUUUUGGGGCAGCGGAGAACGGAGGAGAAGUGCGUGGCGACGAAGGCGAAGAGAUCGGCGAGACAGACGGCGCGGAGACGAGGACAAGAGAAACAGAGGGAGGCGAGGCGGAAGUGAAGGAUGGGGACUGGGUCGGAAUCGAGGAAGACUGGCGGCUGUACGUGCAGCGCGUCUACGGCAUCGACCUUGCUCAGCACCCGACGCUGGAGUUGCCCCUGCUGGUCGCAAAGCACGUUUUCCUCACUCAGCGCUACAUCGCCUUCGUCGCGCGGUACCCCGAGCACAGAUUCCGUUUCAUCUCGCACAAGCGGUGGCUGGCCGAGCAAAUGCGAGACGAAGACGAGGACAGCGGCGACGACGAGGCGGGAAGAUCGGGGGGUCGGGAAGGUCCAGCUUCUCAGCCCGGAGAUGUCCAUACACCCGAGAAGAACCUUCCGGAAGAGGGCGUAGGUACAGAGCCACCGUCGCCGGCGGAGCAUCGAGAUUUGGAGACAGAGGAACAGAGACAGGAGAAGCAGGAGGACGGAGCACCUGUCGCGGAGCGAGGUGGAGCGAGCGAAGACGGGCUACCCGGAGACGAUUCGCAGCGAGAGGCAAGUCGCCGGGGAGAAGACGACGCGCAGAGGCAGGACGAGGCAGAGACGAGGGAACAUCUCCCAGACGUACAAGAAGAGACAGGGGAGACUGGUACGUCUAGUGGACGCUUCGAAGGGUUCGCAUCUCAGAGCGAGGAAGACAGAGCGGCUGGUGAUCAGCCGGAAACGCACGUCGCUUCGGAUCCUGCAGCUGACUCCGCGACUCCUCCCUCUGGGGCUUCCACUGAGGGAGACCAGAGGGGUACCGCAGACGAAGUCCUCUCUCCGCCCUCGUCUUCUCUCUCUUCGCCUUCUUCUAUGACUUCCUUGUCUCCGUUGUCCCCACGGGGGACAGCCGCAGCGGAGCGAGAGACGAGUGCUUCGGGGGAAGUUGGUGAAACGGAGAACCGGAAGCGCAAACGCGGCGGCAGUGCGAAAAAGGGCUCUUCGUCCGGUUCGGGGGACGAGCAAGCGCCGAGUUCCGUGAACGUUCCGUCUCUUUCUCCUGUCGAAGCGCCGAGCGACGUCGCCAAAGCCGCCGCCGAGGAAACGAAUGCAGCGGCGCACGAUGUUAACAAUGACAAAGAGGAGACGGAGAGCGGCAAAAACGAAGAGGAAGCAAAGGUCCGCAUUGAGGAAAACGAGCAGCAGAGGAAAAGCGAGGAGACACAGGCAGAGUCUGUGGGGGUCUACGGGGACAUGGGCUGGCAAGCAUCGUAG